GGAUUAAAGACCAAUGUAACCAGGAUUCAUUAUUAUAUGUUCAUUAUUUUUAUAGUCAUUUUUCAUCUGAUUUUAAAAGAAAUUAAAAUGAAGACACUUUGUCUAGGCACUAGGCUCUGCGCCUUGCGGGCGGUUGGCCCAGACCCCCCCUCACGCCCACGACCGGAGCCUGGGCCCCCGCAUCUCCCCCGGCCGGGAGCACAGCCUCCCCCUCCACCCGUGGGCCUUGCCCGCUGUGCGUGCAGUGACCAGACCACCUUGCUCACCCUCGAAUUCAUUCCUGGGGUCCUGCCUUGCACGUGCAGCGUGUGAAGCCCCCACCAGCUGCCAGAAAACACUCCACAUUAUUUUUAAGACACAAACAGCGGUCACAAGAAAGGGCCAGGAUCCCAGAGUGGCUGAGGCCCACGUCAGCAUGAACCAGGACCCUCCUAGUACAGCACUGGAGUCCCCACCGGGGACCUGAGCAUCACGUUCAACACCAAGGGGGGGGGCAGCAAGCAGGCGUGGGGCCGGGGCAGCGCCUGGCACCGUGAUGUGCAGCCCCUCGUGGGCACCAGGCGCCCCUGACCUGCAGUCCCCACGCCCCUGCCUCGGGUGCUGCAGGGCCCCGUUUCUGGACGGGGCCCCCUUUCUUGCUGGGGGUGCCAGCAAGGCCAGGGUUUUCCCGCAUCUCCCAGAAAAAGCUUCUGGUGCUUUGGGCGGUCCCCUUCCCGCUGUGCCCUCAUGCCAGGCCUGGGCCCCAACCCUGCUGGGGAAGGACCGGCCAGUGCAGGAGAUGGUUAAAAUUCUGCAUCCCUUUUGCAUCCGCCUCCAGAGGAAGCACUGCUUUUUUUUCUCCCCAAGCAGGAGGAGGGGGGAAAAAGCUGAGAGCAGCAAUUUGCAGGCCUUGGGAUGUUUUUCUCCUUGACAGCCCUGGGCCCCGCCUUGCUCCGGCCCUUCCUGGGCUGCGGCUGGCCCUGUGGCCGCAGCUCCCUGUCUGCUGCUCCUGCCCGGGGCCCCACGCACCCGAGUCCUCCCGCAGAGCCCAGGCCCGGCCGGGCGGCAGGAGGCGGCGGCAGGGCCGGCAGCAGCGAUGCCUGCGUCUGCACGGCUGCCUGGCACUGCCCCCUUUGUGCCUGCCUCCUCCACCGGCCUCCCGCCCCUGAGAGGCCCGCUCCCCGGCCUGGCCGCACCACCUGCUGCCCGCCGAGCACCCACCCUGCGCCCACCCGGGGCACCCUCACCUUCUGGGCCCCUGGCCCCCGGCCUCGGGUCCUGCUGGUGCCCAGGGCGCCCGGCCCAUCCUCCGUGCUCUGCGCGCCCCACCCUGCCGCCCGAGCUUGGCGGCGAGCCUGGCACAGUGCCAGGCUGCCUGGGAGCCCAGCCCGGGCAGGGCGAACUUUCCGGCGAGGGUCAACCUCAAACUCCUGGGCUCAAGCGAUCCUGCUGCCUCAGGGGCUUCUCAGCCGCCUGUCCACGAGCACACGGGCCUGUGCCACAGAGCUCUGCAGCUCUGACAUCUCAGCACAGCCACCCCCACCGCCCCGCUGUGGCGUCCCAUUCACACCAGCCAUGCAGCUCUACUGGCUCUCGGCGCGCAGCGCGGCCAGCGCCCUCAAGCUGGUGUCCCUCCCUCCAGGCUAA